AUGGUGGGGUGCUUCCUCCUCCUCCUCCUCCUCCUGCAGCCAUGUGUGCCGGCACUGCCACCAGCUGCCCCCGUUGACCCCCGGCAACCCCAACAAAAGCAGUGUGGGGCUGUGCUGGCGCUGCCACAGCAUACACCAGUGCUGGCAGCCUGCUGCAAAAUGAAGUGCCUGUUCCUCCUCCGUGUCCUGCAGCUCCUCGCUGCCGCUGCCGCCGUGCACAAGCAGUGGAUCCCCAACACCAAUUUUGAAACCGCCUCCAACUGGGAUAAAGGCAGAGUCCCCUGUGCGAGCGACCUGAUUCAUUUUGAGAAGAACAAGGUCAUCUCAGUCUUCGUCAGGUCUCCCCAUGUGCUGACGGACAUGUACCUGCCCCUGAACGGAGAACUCCUGCUGGCAUCUGGUGCAGGAUUCGCAGCUUUCGAUGGCAGCUGGGAUCCAGGCUGUGACUCAGGUGCAACAGUGAGGUUUGCUGACUCCGAGCACCAUGUGUGGUUCGAUCCCACGCUGUGGCAGGUUGUGUCCCCUGGCAGGGAGCUCGAGCCGGCCGGUCGCAUCUUUUCUGUGGAUGAGGAACGCGUCCCGUGCCGCUAUGAUGAUGUUAUCUUCCAGCCCGAAACCUCCUUCCGGGUAAACAUCGACUCAUCGCAGCAAGUGAUUCAUCUCCGCAGCAUCUCUCUCAUGGGCCAGGAGUUCAGCAGCCCCGAGGCCUGGGCUGGGUACCUGCGAGGUCCCUCUGCCCCGCUGCAGUUUCACGGCAAUGGCACUCUGCAGGUGACAGGCACCGUCUGUCCCGACAAGUCUGGCUGUGCCUGUGGGAACACCCCGGAUGGCCACCGCAUCUGCAUGGCCCUGCUUAGGGCGUCGGGGAGACAGUGCCCAGCGCUGGCAUGCCGGAGCCCUUUGCAGCCCCUCGGCCACUGCUGCGGAGUCUGCGGAGCCACCAUUAACCUGGAUUUCACUCCUGAUUUUGACCUGCAGAAGUACCGGGACAGACUGGUCCAAGCCUUGCUGAGCCAGCCCAAGUAUGCCGGUGUGCGGAUGGCCAUAUCCAAGGUGUACAAAGCACAGACCUUCCUGGGAGUCAUACCCCGAAGCUCCACUCCCCUCAUCCAAAUCCUGCUGAUCGAUGAUGAGAUGGGAGCGCAGACCGGCACCGCUGCGGAACAGAUGGCUGCAGACAUCAUGGAGGACAUAGCACAGCACGGUGAAGCGCUUGGCAUUUCAAGUGGCAACAUGGAGGUGGCCACUGGCAGCACUUUCAGCGGGCAAGCAGGGAGCCACGCAUUGAGCAGGAUCACAGCGGGGAUGGUCUUGGGUCUGCUCUUCAGUCUCCUGUUGCUUGGAGGGAUUCUCUUUCUCUACAGAAAAGGAAAGCUAAGGCUGCCUGCCCUGCGCCUCCCCCGGCCCUGGGACAGAGCGGAGGAUCCGGCGUCCCCUGCGCCAGACAGUGACAAAGGCUUUGACAAUCCCAUGUUCGACGUGGAGCCACCAAGCGCUGACCCUGGAGAGGAGAUGCCGCAGAUGGCUCCCAAAGACCACCAGGUCUUCUACCUCAACCCUCUGUAUGAAGCGAGCGAGACGGAGACCUGA